GUCACGUUGAUUAGUAUACUUAUUAUACUUGAUUUUAUUUUAUUAGUUAGAUUGUUUACCGAUGACCAAGAUGCAAUGUAUUAGGUAUCGAUUAUUAUGGUUUUUCCAACGCCACGUUAUUAAAUUGUAUACUUGUCUGCAGCCUUUAUAAUUAUUACGAUAUUUGAAUUUGAGGGAGUAGGGAUUAUAUUAUAGUGAUUACUGAUUAGGUAAAUAUAAGUAAUAGCCAAUAGCUAUUUGGCAUUUGCCGACUUGCCGUUAACAAGUCUGUAGCUCUGAAAUCUGUUUGUUGUACAAGAAAAUUAAAAUUGUCGGUAGGCACAACUGAAUAAGAAUUAAUAGGUUAUGUUCAUUAUUUUUCUCAAAGUGUGAUGUUGACAAUAUAAUAAUAUAAUAUUUUUUAAUUUUAUUUUUAUAAUAACGUACUCACAUUUAGUAAAUUCAAUCUCUUUAACUGCGAAACCGGCAUUGCUGUAUUAUUUCUAGGUAUUUUUUCGGAAGAAAUCUAUAUGGACGUGUGGACACGUGGUUAUGGAACAUUGUGAAUAGUGAAGAUUUUAUGGUAGAAUAAUAAAUUCUUUCAGAGGUUACAUAUAAUUUCAUAAGAUCAAAUGAUUAAUUGGAAUGAAGAAACAUAAAUUAAUCUAUUACGUAUGAGUUAGAAUUCGACAGAACAUCAACACUUAAAGAAACAACUAUUUUAUAUUGAUUUUUAAACUACAGCAACUAUCCUUAAGGUUGACAGUGUGAAUUUUAACUAUGGAGUCACUUAUACGAAUUGUAAAUAAACUUCAGGAUGUUUUUUCUGUGUUCGGUGAACAGCAAUUAACUGAUUUACCGCAGAUUGUAAAUUUACCACAAAUUGUGGUAGUAGGAACUCAAAGCUCUGGAAAAAGUUCAGUUCUGGAAAGCUUAGUGGGAAAAUCAUUUUUACCUCGAGGAACUGGUGUAGUUACCAGAGCGCCAUUAGUUAUACAAAUGAUAAGAUACACCGAGGAAACAAGAAAAUCCAUGUUGAAGUCAAGUUACACUGAAGACAGUGAAAACAUAACAGAAUGGGUAGAGUUUCUACACAAGCCAAAUUUAUUUUAUUUUGAUUUUGAUAUGGUACGCAAUGAAAUUGAAUGUGAAACGAACAAUCUUGCAGGAAAUAAUAAGGGCAUCACUAACAAGCAAAUUGUAUUAAAAAUUCACACUAAUCGCUAUGAUCUGACUUUUGUAGAUUUACCAGGUAUAACAAAAGUAGCGGUCGGAGACCAACCUGAUGAUAUAGAUGAACAAAUACAGAAAUUGAUUCUUUCAUACGUAAAGCAAUCCAAUUCAAUUAUUUUAGCAGUGGUGACUGCAAAUACGGACCCGUCAACAAGUGAAAGUCUUCAAAUAGCAAAGAAAUUGGAUCCAGAUGGUAUCAGAACUAUAGCAGUAGUUACAAAAUUGGACCUAAUCGAUGAAGGAACACAACAAGACACAAAGGAUUUACUGUGUGGUCAUAGGAUUCCAGUUAAACUAGGUAUCAUCGGAGUUGUGAAUAGAAGCCAAAAAGACAUUGUUGAAAAUAAAUCAAUGGACGCGACGCUAACAUCAGAAACAGAAUUUCUGAAAACUAACUAUCCAGAUAUAUGUACGAAACACGGCAACAAAGCGUUAGCUCAUACAUUACAGUUAGUAUUGAUAACACACAUAAAAAAAGUAUAUCCAAAACUUAAAAUUGAACUCGAAGAGAUGAAAAACAAAUUGGGAAAAAAACUCUUGGUACUACAUACACCAGAUAACAAAAUAUCGUUUUUAAUAGGACUUUUAAAAGAUAUUAGCAAAUCUUAUGAAGACACUAUGAAUGGAAACCAAAACGAUGUUUCAGUUGACCAAAUUGUUGGUGGUGCCAGUAUUGCUAGAAUAUUCCAACAAAAAUAUUUAAAGACAAUAAAUGCCAUAGAACCGCUACAGGAUUUGUCAAACGAAAAUAUUGCAAAAGUUUUAUUAAAUACAUCAGGAACCAACCAAAGCACUUUUGUCAACGAAAAGGCGUUACAAAAGAUUUUAAGCCGCCAAUUAAAGAACUUGAUCGAGCCGUCAUUGGAUUGCGUAGAAUUGGUCCGCAAUGAAAUGUUAAACAUAUUGAAUUCCAUUGACAUUAGAUUAUUGGAUACACUCAAACGAUAUCCACAACUCAAUGAAGAUGUACGAAAAGUUUUUGAAAAGUUGCUGGAAGAAAAUGUGAAAAAUAUUAAAGAUUUUAUUGCAUCAUAUAUAGAAUCUUAUCAGGAAUGUUUGAACACAGCAAAUCCAGAUUUUAUAUUGGAAAUAGUAAAAUCGAAUAAUACAAUUCAAGAAGAAAUUCUUGCUGCAGCAAAUAUAACUAAUUGCGUUAAUGAAGAUACAUCAGAUAAUCUUAUAAGCCAGCCUUGUUUCACAUUUGGACAGUCAAUUCCCCAGCCAAUUCCUGAUAAAAUGGCCCAACUCAAAAAAAUAGAAAUUAAUAGAAUUCAAAUGUUGAAUCAAUUAUUAUCAGGUAUUAAUAACCAGGAUGUAUCCUUGGAGUCAUCUGAACAGGUAAAAUUACAUAGAGAUUUAAGUCAAUGUUAUUUUGAGUAUAUCAGGAAAAUUGUGCGGGACUUUGUGCCUAAAAGAAUUAAACACAAAAUGAUAAACUCGUUUUUAAAAGUCCUCGAUAAGCGUUUAAAUGAAGAAAUAUUCCAAACCUAUUUAAUUGAAAAGAAAAUUGAUGAGGUACUUUUAGAAGAUGAAACUUUUCAAAAGGAUAGAAAUAAUAUUGAAACCAAAUUGGAUGCAGUAAGAAAAGCGUUAAAAAAUAUGGUUGAUAUUCAAUAUUAUUAAUUUAUUCUUAGAAAAUAUAAAUUCUUUCAAUAUGAUACAGAAUGUAUAAUGAUUAACAGACGUUUCUUUAAACAGUUUCUAAUUUAUAUUUUGUUUAUAUAACUUAAUAUUAUAAAAAUUAUUAAUUUUUUUGCUUAAUUAAAGUUUAAGACAGUUUUAUUUUAUAAUUUAUAAACCAUUAUAAGAUUUUUCAUGGUUAACUAUUGUGUUUAUCUACUUAUAUUAUGCUAUCACCUUUCAACUAUAGAACCAUAAUAAUUAUAGUAUAAUAUAUUAAAUCCAAUAAUAAUUAUUCUAAUUUAACAAAUAAGUAUCAACUAUAAUACAA